AUGUGCGCCGAAACAAUGCGUCGGAAAAAUGCUUCCUCCCAGAUCCUCGUCAUAAAACAAGAAUGCCUAAUUAAUGCACGACUGAAAAAAUUGAACAAUAACAAAUUGCUUGUAUACACUAUUUUUGGUGCCAAUUUCACGAUUUCUCUGGAUAGUAACGAAGAAUAUGAUGGCGCCGCGUCGGAAAAUAGCAGGAAACGCUACAAAGCACCACGAACAAUGGGAAGUGGCUUCAAGGUGCUUCGGAAUGCUGUACUCUCAGCUACUUAUCGGCGAACCAUUUUAGGUAAUACUUUGUUAUCUUCACGGACAAACGAAACGAUAGCAAACUGUUAUUUUUUUGGGGCCGCAACAUCAAAUGACCUGCAGACCGCAUUAUUUAAUCAUUAA